CUUUUAUCCAAAAUGAUGGCCUUUGGAUGACUCCAACCGUCCAAAGAAGGCGCAAGGCGCAACCAUUGGCCUCUUCACCCAUCUUUUCAGAUUUCCCAACGGUCACUAUCUUCUUCCAUUUCAAUCCCUGCCAUUUUCUUGGCUCAGAAACCCGAAAACCAGAAAAAAAAAAAAAAACAGAGUGACUCACAAAUAUUAAGGUGCUCCAAAAAAAUGGACUUGCAGAUUCGUCACAACCCAGUUGUGAAUCAAAUUAAACGACCAAUUUCAUCAUCAUCAUUAGUAUCAAAUCCGCAAUUAGUACACUUUGGCGGCCGGAUUUCUUUUGUUUCGCCAUUGAUUUCUAUUGAUGGUAGAAAUGGCAGAAUCUUCAGACGGGUUAGAAGCGAUAGGAAAAAGUUGACCAUAGUAUCGUCGUCAUCAUCAUCGGCGGCGACGCCAUUCUGGGAUACCUUUGUACCGGAAAAGGGCUCUAAAACUCCUUCACUCAGCGACAUUAUUUGGCCUUCUGCAGGUGCAUUUGCGGCAAUGGCAAUAUUUGGGAAGGUUGACCAAAUGUUGGCAUCAAAAGGGAUUUCAAUCACAAUUGCUCCAUUGGGAGCUGUUUGUGCUGUUCUGUUUGCCACGCCUUCAUCUCCAGGCGCAAGGAAGUACAAUAUGUUCAUGGCGCAAAUAGGUUGUGCAGCAAUAGGUGUUUUAGCAUUUACACUUCUUGGUCCAGGAUGGUUAGCUAGGAGCUCUGCACUUUCUGCUGCCAUUGCAUUCAUGAUUUACACCCGCUCUGUCCAUCCACCUGCUGCGAGCUUACCUUUGUUAUUCAUUGAUGGUGCUAAAAUGCAUCAAUUGAACUACUGGUACGCUUUGUUCCCAGGGGCUGCCGGCUGCAUCAUCCUCUGUUUAAUUCAAGAAGUGGUGUCAUACUUGAAAGAUAAUCUCAAGUUUUGAAGUGGGAAAAUUCCCAGCUGGUCCAUCUGUUUUUUCAAGUGAAGAAGAUCAAGCUUUGUGCGAAUAGUAAUUAUGACAGAAAAAGAAUAUACGCCCCUUCUAAUCGCUAGUGUCUCUUUUGCAUAGUUUUAUUAGUAGAUUAGUAGAUAACGAGAUAGACGGGAAUAUAAGUUUGAGCUAAGGCUCACACUUGUAUGUUUAUAAACCAAAAAAAAAAAAAAAAAAAAGCAUCAUUGUUUGUUGGCAAAAGAAAUAGGUCCAGUUCCAUAUCUCAUGUAAUUAUGGAGGUUAAUCUCCCGCUGGAUAUUUCUUGUGGAUUGAGUGCUUAUUCUUUGGACAGAGAUGAGGAUGGCAGAAUUAUUGUGGAAAAUUCAUUACUAUCUCCUGGAAAAAAAAAUACAAAGUAUACAAGUAGCAAAAACAUCGCAAUCACACAUUAUUUUAUAGCUGUAGUGAGUAUUUGUAACAUACUUUCCCGUAAUCUUUCCAUAUAUUGGGCAAAUGUCAAC